UUUGACUUUCCUGUGCAGGAAAUUGUCAGCAGUGUUUUUGUUGCUAGUGGGGACCUGGGGACUGUUGUGUUGUGAAAAUGGCGACGCCUCGUCGCUCCUCUCAGCAGCAGCAGCCAAACUCCCUGCUGUCCUCCCCGCCCCGUGGCUCCUCUCUCCCCGGCACCCCGUCUAGCUCUCCGCUGGCACCCGCCGACGAUGUCGCCUCGUUUCCCCACAGAGGCGCGAUGGAGAACGCGGCUGACGGUGAGGUAACCCCUGCCUCUCCCACCACUACCUCCCCAGCUAUGGCCCUCGCCGCCAGCAGCAGCAGCAGCAGUACUAGCAGCAGCGCUAGCUCCCCGACCACUACCGAGGGUAGCGGGACCAGCACCGGCUCUACGCCCGACUCGGCUAGCGGUAACCUGAGCAGCAGCGGUAGCAGCAGUAGCGGUGCAAACGGGGCUUUCAGGGAGCUGUUUGAAGCCUGUCGAAACGGGGAUGUGUCGAGAGUGAAGAAACUCGUGGAUGCGGUGAAUGUGAACGCUAAAGACAUGGCAGGACGCAAAUCGACACCCCUGCAUUUCGCUGCAGGUUUUGGACGGAAAGAUGUGGUGGAUCACUUGCUUCAGACGGGGGCUAACGUGCACGCGCGGGACGACGGGGGUCUGAUCCCGCUUCACAACGCCUGCUCAUUCGGUCACUCUGAGGUGGUGUCCUUGCUCCUGUGUCAGGGGGCCGACCCUAACGCUCGAGACAACUGGAACUACACGCCGCUCCACGAAGCGGCCAUCAAGGGCAAGAUAGACGUCUGCAUAGUGUUACUGCAGCAUGGAGCCGACCCCAACAUCCGCAACACCGACGGCAAGUCCGCCCUGGACCUGGCUGAACCCUCCGCCAAGGCCGUGCUCACAGGUGAAUACAAGAAGGAUGAGCUGCUGGAGGCGGCGAGGAGUGGAAACGAAGAGAAGCUAAUGGCCUUACUUACGCCACUCAACGUCAACUGCCAUGCGAGCGACGGCCGCAAGUCCACCCCACUCCACCUGGCUGCAGGAUACAACAGGGUGAGGAUAGUUCAGUUGUUACUACAGCAUGGAGCAGAUGUUCACGCCAAGGACAAAGGUGGUCUGGUGCCCCUACAUAAUGCCUGUUCCUAUGGACACUAUGAAGUUACUGAGCUGCUGCUAAAGCAUGGAGCGUGUGUGAACGCCAUGGAUCUGUGGCAGUUCACCCCACUCCAUGAAGCAGCGUCUAAAAACAGAGUGGAGGUCUGCUCUCUGCUGCUGAGCCACGGGGCUGACCCGACCCUGCUCAACUGCCACAGCAAGAGCUCUGUGGACAUGGCACCCACUCCUGAGCUGAAGGAGAGACUUACAUAUGAGUUUAAGGGACACUCGCUGCUUCAAGCCGCUCGGGAAGCUGACAUGGCUAAAGCUAAGAAGACCCUGGCGCUGGAGAUCAUCAACUUCAAACACCCUCACACGCACGAGACUGCGCUGCACUGUGCAGUAGCAUCACCUCACCCAAAAAGGAAACAGGUGACAGAGCUGCUACUGAGGAAAGGCGCCAAUGUAAAUGAGAAGAAUAAAGAUUUCAUGACUCCUCUCCAUGUGGCAGCAGAGCGUGCUCAUAAUGACACUAUGGAGGUGCUACAGAAACAUGGGGCCAAGGUGAAUGCCCUGGACACACUGGGUCAAACAGCGUUGCACCGUGCGGCGUUGGCGGGCCACCUGCAGACCUGUCGGCUGCUGCUAGGAUACGGGGCGGAUGCCUCGCUGGUGUCACUGCAGGGCUUCACUGCCGCUCAAAUGGGAAAUGAAGCUGUUCAGCAAAUACUCAACGAGAACGUCCCAGUGAGAAACUCUGAUGUGGACUACAGACUCCUGGAAGCUGCUAAAGCCGGAGACCUGGACACUGUCAAGUCGUUGUGCACGGCCCAGAAUGUGAAUUGUAGAGACCUGGAGGGACGACACUCGACUCCCCUUCACUUUGCUGCUGGCUACAACAGAGUGUCGGUGGUGGAGUACCUGCUGCAUCACGGGGCCGACGUGCACGCCAAGGACAAAGGUGGUCUGGUUCCCCUGCAUAACGCCUGUUCGUAUGGUCACUACGAGGUAGCCGAGCUGCUGGUUAGACAUGGAGCCUCGGUCAACGUGGCUGACCUGUGGAAGUUCACGCCGCUUCACGAAGCUGCUGCCAAGGGCAAAUACGAGAUCUGCAAACUGCUGCUCAAGCAUGGGGCAGACCCCACUAAGAAGAACCGAGACGGAAACACGCCUCUGGACCUGGUGAAGGACGGGGACACCGACAUCCAGGACCUGCUGAGAGGAGACGCCGCACUGCUGGACGCCGCUAAAAAAGGCUGCCUAGCCCGGGUACAGAAGUUAUGUAGCCCCGACAACAUUAACUGUCGGGAUACGCAGGGACGCAACUCAACACCUCUGCACCUCGCAGCCGGCUAUAACAACUUGGAGGUAGCAGAGUAUCUGUUGGAACAUGGAGCUGAUGUGAAUGCGCAGGACAAAGGAGGGCUGAUACCCUUACACAAUGCAGCUUCAUAUGGGCACGUGGACAUAGCCGCCCUGCUAAUCAAGUACAACACGUGCGUCAACGCCACUGAUAAGUGGGCAUUCACGCCCCUCCACGAAGCGGCCCAGAAGGGGCGGACCCAGCUCUGCGCCCUGCUAUUGGCUCAUGGAGCUGAUCCCACCAUGAAGAACCAGGAGGGACAGACGCCGCUGGACUUGGCAACGGCUGAUGACAUCAGAGCAUUGCUGAUUGAUGCCAUGCCGCCCGAUGCCCUGCCAAGCUGUUUAAAACCCCAGGCCACUGUGGUAAGCGCAAAUGUGGUGAGUGCAGGGGCAACAGGGGGUGUGGUCAUUUCCCCCUCUCCAUCCCCAUCCUGCCUGUCAGCAGCCAGCAGCAUAGACAACCUGACCACGCCUCUCAGUGACAUCACAGCGGGCGGGGCCACUGGACCAGCAGACGGUGCAUCUGGGUCUGACAGGAAGGAAGGAGAAUCCCUGCUCGACAUGACCAUCAACCAGUUCUUGAAGAGUCUGGGGCUGGAACACCUCCGAGACAUCUUCCAGCGGGAACAGAUUUCACUGGAUGUGCUGGCAGACAUGGGUCACGAGGAGCUGAAAGAGAUAGGCAUCAACGCUUAUGGUCACAGACACAAACUCAUCAAGGGCAUCGAGAGGCUGCUGGGAGGACAGCAAGGUGGAAACCCGUACCUGACGUUCCACUGCUCCAGCCAGGGCACCGUACUGAUCGACCUGGCACCGGACGACAAGGAGUUCCAGUCUGUGGAGGAGGAACUGCAGAGCACCAUCAGAGAACACAGAGAUGGAGGCAACGCUGGAGGAGUCUUCAGUCGGUACAACAUCAUUAAGAUUCAGAAGGUGGUGAAUAAGAAGCUACGCGAAAGAUACGCACACAGACAAAAGGAAAUUGCAGAUGAGAAUCACAACCAUCACAACGAGCGAAUGCUCUUUCACGGUUCGCCCUUCAUCAAUGCCAUCAUCCACAAGGGCUUUGACGAGCGCCAUGCGUAUAUCGGCGGCAUGUUUGGCGCUGGGAUCUAUUUUGCAGAGAACUCCUCCAAAAGCAACCAGUAUGUGUAUGGGAUUGGUGGGGGCACAGGAUGCCCCACCCACAAAGAUCGCUCCUGCUACGUGUGCCACAGACAGAUGCUGUUCUGCAGAGUGACGCUGGGUAAGUCGUUUCUUCAGUUCAGCGCGAUGAAGAUGGCCCACGCUCCCCCCGGACACCAUUCUGUCAUAGGACGACCCAGCGUCAACGGACUGGCAUAUGCAGAGUACGUCAUCUACAGAGGGGAGCAGGCUUACCCAGAGUACUUGAUCACCUACCAGAUUGUGAAACCGGAGAGUCCGCCUGCGCCUGCUGCCGCCUCCGAGCAGAAAUCCUAAAAUGCAGUGACACAUGGAUCUGAAGAAGGCCGGACUGCAGUGGACUCAAGCCACUAGAGGGCUACAGCUGAACUGGAACGUGUUUCAGACCUUGAAGUUAAGGUCUGUGGAGCUGAACUUGAGGUGGUUGAGGUGAAGUGCUGACCAGGCCGUGGUCAAGACGACCCACGGAAACGGGAUGCGGAUGAAGAAGAAAAGGAGUACAAGGAGACGGUGUCUUUGAGUAUCGGGGAUGAUACACAGUCAGUGCAAAGCAGCAAAAAUCCAUCAGAUUCUUUAAUUAACUGGGUCUAAUUUAGCAGGAGAGAAAGAAAACGGUUUGUCAACAUUUCUGGAAGUGUACCAGUAAGCUAAUUUUUAAAUUUGCCGGCCUGCGGCUUCAUCCUAAAAAUAAUUAAGGAAGCAAUUAGACCAGGACACAGUCCAAAGUAAAACAAACAUCCCUGAUUUUGCACCUUUGCACUGCUUGUAUGCUCUGCCUCCUGUUCUUAAUGUUGUUUGGAUAUCGUGUCCUGUUUCAGCUUUGUGCAUCAUCCACGGCAACAAAACAACACCCUGAGGCUGCGUUCAGAGACAGCUAUUGUUGUGCAUUUUGCGUUAUAGCCUGUCAUAUUUUCACCAGUGGGACUCUCUCUCUCUCUCUCUCUCUCUCUCUCUCUCUCUCUCUCUCUCUCUCUCCUCUCUCUCACUCUCUCUCUCUCUCACGUUUUCUGCUCUGAGGGAAGAGGAAGUGAUGAAACAAACGUGAGCAGCAGACAAAUACCCAGAAGUCAGUAAGCAGAAAACAAACAGGAGACCACAAUCCACUGCUGCUACCUCUCCGGGCUGCUUUCCCACAGCAGAUCGUCUUCUACGUCUGCCAAUGCGUGUCAGAGGUCCAUAUAGUGAAGGCUAACAGGGAAGAAGAGUAUUUUUUUGUGUUGUUUUGUUUACCUGACCUGUAUGGGCGAACAGCAGCCACAGUAGCUCAAUAUGAUAGGCUGAGACACCUGUCCAUCAAACCAGCAUGACAUAUCCUCUUUGAGACUUAAUUUCUUUCUUAAUGAAAACUUUGACCUUUGCCAGCAAGAUCUGACUAAGCACAAUUACACACUGUCUUUUUGUUACCACAAAGAAUUUUGAGGUUUUGCUGUUCGAUUUCAUUUAGUUGUAGAGUCUGUAUCUCGUAGCCCUUACAGGAGCUACAUGUUAAACAACUUCCCUGGGCUAUCCCACAGUCAAACAUGUUAGUCGCUGCUUGUUUCAGCCCACCUCAGAAUAAGUCAGCCUCUACCAGAACAAGAACAGACCACAAGAGGCCAAACCGUGACACAGAUAUAUAUAAAUGUACACAUACAUACACUAGACUGGUACUUUUCCACUUCAUCUGUUUACUCAAAGCUGCACUUGGCAACUCUGAUGACUACAAAAAAUAGAGAAGAGAGUUUGAACUUUAAUAGAUAAAAGAUGAAAACAGGCAGAGUGCUUGCUGUUGGAAAGUUUAGUUCUAUCACCUCCUUUGGUGUGGAACUUUUAACCAACACAAGAAAUAAUUUUGAAUGGGACAAAGAAAACAACAAAACAAAACAAAACAAAAACAGGUGAUUAAUCCUGAUGUUGUCAUUUGCAACUUAACAUUCACACAUUAACACCUCUCCGCUGCUACAUUCUUAUGUUUGUGUGUGUUUCUGUGUUUCUCAGAGGGACCCACAUUUUCCUGUUUUUGUUGUUUACGUGAAAUUGCUGCCUUUUCGCCUCUUUCCUCUUUUGCCUUUAACUGUUGAUGCCCCCCAGUGGUGCAACAGAGGAAUUGCUGGCUUGCAGUAUUCAGUUGAGUACACUGUAGUGUACUGCUUAUCAUUAAGGCAAUGGAGUAGGAUUUAUUUCUACACAGUACUAUUUAUUUGUGUUCUGAAGCAUAUUCCAAUUUUGUUUUCCUGUUUGUUUUUGUUUUUUCAUUAUCUGUCAUUUUGAUUCUCCCUGAGUUUACACUCCUCAAGCAUUGUUAGCAAAUGUGAAAAGUGAGCCUGGUCACAGGCUUCAAAAAGAUAUUUAUGUAACCAGAAAUCUGCAGGUUGACUGAGGCCAAUGAUGGAUAAUUUGUACAUAAAGAUGAGCUUUGACAUAUCUAUUAACCUGUUGACAUGGUAACACACUAACAUCAUAACAGCUUUGCGAAAUCCGCACACUACGUACUGUAAGCUUGAACUGCUGUACUAUACUGAUCAUGUUUUUAUGUUGAUGGUUUAUUUAUGAUUAUUUUUAAUUAGUCACACUGUACACCACACGGGACCACGCGAGAGUUUAGCCUCUUUCAUGUUGAUCAUGUGAAGUCAAGCAGUGCUGAAGGUCUUUGAAAUUCCAUGAAGCUGUUUUGUAACGGGAAGUGAAUGGCCUUAAAUGUUUUUGAGAUCAAGUAGACUGUCUUGAAAGUCACUUUUCCAGGUUCUCCCAGUUCAGGCAUUAGCACAGAGAGACAGCUUGUUUUUAUCGGUAACAAAAUCAACGUCAGAAUUGACAAAGCUCCUUGAUUUGAUUUAUUUUCACCCUGUCUGUUGGCAUUACAGUGCAAGUCAAACUCAGAUUUCAGCUGAUUUGCAUUUACAAGGUGAACAUGACGUUGGUCUGAGCGAAGUGCAAACGAGCAUCAACUGAGCCGGCAGUCUUUAUGAACUGCCAACAAAUAGCUGCCCCUGAUACUAUUAGACUGAAUGUUUUUGCAUAACCCUUUUUUUUGUUGUUGUCGCCCACUCAUUUGAUAGUGACAGCUCGUCCCACUUGAGUAGCAGCACAUUUCAGCAAUUUACAGAGUGGUUCAUUGCUCCGAAAGUGAAAAGGAAAUGAAUUAAAAGUGAAAAAAAUUAAAUAAAUAGACAGGAACAGCAACUGAUGACUAAAGUAAAAAUGAAAAAAGCUAAUAAGCUUGAAAUUAAAUUGUAAUGGAAAACAAGUUUGCAAAAGGAAAAUUCGGCACUGGGACACAGUUAACAGAGUGUGCAGGCUUUUGUAUGUAUUUGUUUUUAAGACAACACUGAAAUGAUGAUGGAGAUUCUUCCUGUCUGUAGGACUUUGCUCAUAUGCGCACAUUAUCCAUCACACUAUUGCUUCUCCUUACAAAGUCAGUUAUCUUCUCUCAUUUUCUUUUUUUCUUUUGUUCUGUGUUUUAACACCUUUUGUGUGGUCGCUGAUCAGAGUCAGGUUUCAGAUGGAGGUGUUGGCAUCGCUUUCAGCUCUCUGGGCAUAUACAGAGCAGGUGGAGUUUAUAUUGCUGACUUCAUUAAGGUCAGCAGCACUAUGAUUUAUUAACAGAGAGCCAUGGGCUUUGUUUUAAGUGAGACUGUAAAUAAACCGCCUCCAGAUGGGCCUUUUAAUGGGUAUUUUAUGGAUGAUUCUGGGUUUAUUUUUCUUGCUUUUUGUCCUUGAAAGACUUUUCAAAGACUUUUUUUUUAUGUGAUAACUAUUUGAAUUGUGUUUUAGCUGGUCUGUCUCUACUUAACUGUCUCGAGGGCCAGUCAGCCAUCUUGUUGUAAAUAGUGUAUGUGAGCGUGCGUGUGUGUUCAGUCGAUCAGUGUUUCACCUUCUGACUUGCCUUUUACCAAAAGCCACCGGUUUAAAGAACACAUUUGCUCGUUAGUAAUGUUCGACCUCCUGUUGUACAGACAGAGCUGCUGACCAGCUAACAUGUGGAACAGAGAAACUCCUCACUCUUGUACAGAAGAAAAUCCUUAAUAAAAGAACUUAACAAAG